UAAAAAAACAAAAUGUUAGUGACUUUCACCGACAGCUGUUAUAAGCUACUGAAAUCCUUGUAUUUGAUUGGCUCGGGACAGAUUUGUAAGUGAAAAUCACUGGCAAGAUGUUUCAUAAUACACUUUGGUCUUCUUGACCAGUCAUCUUAAACCUAUUUCCUUAAGCUGUUUUGUCCUGAUUUAUCAAUACACUAUGCCCCCCAAUAACAGCGGGAGGGGAUAACAGCCUCCAAAUUUACAGGUUAUGUUUCUUAUAAAGCUUGCAUAUAGGACUGGUAGUCCUAUAUUCAAAUAUUUCUGUCAUUCCUAUUUUUCCAUCCUGAAUUAUCAGUGCACUUUUAAGUGGGAGGGGAAAAGGGACAGCCCGCAGCCUAUUGGUUAUAGUAAUUAUAAAGGCUUGCAUAUAACUGUGAAAUCAAAGCAAGAGACGCUAAUGUGCUCACUCAACUGAAAACUUUCCCUUAUUGAGACGUGAUUUGUUUGCUCGGGCAAACACACAGCAUAGAGCCAGAAGGGGCUGUUAUGGCGCUUGAAAUGGUGACAGAAAUAGCUUGAAUAAUCAGUGUUUCUUUGGAUGAAGUAUUUAUAUCGCCACUGGGUAGCGCCCUGGUGACAAUUGGACAUCUCGAGGAGGGGAUUAAACACAAUGAACCAAGAGGGAUUUGAUAGCUCAACAUUUCAGAGGGACUGUGGAAACUACAAGUAGAGUUGAGUCUGCCAAUUGAUCUGUUGACUGGUUACCUAUCAAUUAAUGGUACUGUUCUUUUUUAAACCAGGGACAGACUCAAUUACACUACUGCAUAGAUUUAAGAGAGAGAUUGAGUGAGAAACUAGGAAAGAUUUACGACGAUGGCCAGCACCUCCAUCAAUCUCACCAGGUUGUAAAUGUUGAUCUACAGCAAGACAGAAGGAACAUUCAUGUAAACAUAAAAGCUAUGUUGUAUGACAGUUCAGGAAGUAGUAAAUUCUUUACUGUUGGAAGGCCUUCUUUUGCAAACAGAGGAAUGUUUUAGAUAUAGUAAACACAUGAGAUGAUCCUAUCACUAUGGGAACAAUUGUUGGGAGAACCAUAUCCACGCAAGUUGACUUUAACUUUGAUCCAGAGGUGAUUAAAGACUUGACAAGGAAGGGAGCGCCAUUCUACUUUUGAUCAAACCUUCAAGAAUACAUAUCUUUAAUUUAAAGCAGUCAUUUCGAUGACUCUGUUUUGUGAAAUAAGAGCUAAUUACAAACAAUGAAUGGAUGUGAUAGAAAUGGAUCUUAAAGUCUUUAUUAUGGAACCACUGGAUGAAUUCCUUGUUGACAUGCAAAGCUGAACUUUGAAGCCAUUAGAAGAGAUUAACUUGUGAAACAUGUACAAAUAUUUCUGAAAUGUUUGUUUUGCACAGUGAUUGCUACAAAUUACUACUCUUGUAACCUUUUGUUAGACAACAAAGACUGAUAAGAAAUCGAAAUGGCUGCUAUAAAAGAGGAGAGCGAUGAAGACGUAGAAUCAUUAACCGAGUCAGAGUUGUAUUCCGUUGUGAGUGACUCUGACACAUCUAUAGAGUUUGCGUGUAAUCAGUCGUUGCCUCCGAUUAGGAAUAAUCAGGGUAAAAACCACAAGAAUGAAAUUGAAAAGGAUACUGGUGUUUUCAGUACUUUGACUUCAGCAGGUGUUAGUCGGUUUCCAAUUGGACGAAGAGCAAGCUGUCCAGCUAUCAUGGGUUGGGACAGGGACCAUCUGAAGUACCUGGUUGCAGGCUGCAAGCCACUGCCAGAUCCGGUGGUGUCCCGAGCCUACCAAUCACUUCUCAGCCACAAAGAGCCUAUCCUCAAACAAAAUAAGUCAAAAGAGAAACGGCUUCUCUCCUACUAUGACUAUGUGCCUAGCCGGAAGGUGUACAGUGAGCGGGAUCAGGUUGAGAGGGAGCAGAGUCGAGAUAUGCUGAAGUGGGAGCUGAUGAUCGAAGAGCGGAGGAAGCAUCAAGAGGCAAUAGCCAUGGAAAAAGAAUUGAUGGGUGAUGACUACGAUGACCAACAGAAUGGGGAUAAAGAGGAAGAGGAAGAACUUGAAGACAUCAUGCUGAAGAGGCGGUUACGACGGCUGCAUGUCACCGACAGUGCCUACCAGGGAUUCUUUCCACAGAUGGACCUCUACGACUUUGGCCAGAUGGAGAAAGAGCGACAACGGCAGGCUCAAGCCAACAGCAUGCGAGGUAAAGGGAGAUUACAGAGGAGAGGCAGUGAAAACCAUCUGAAGCGCAGAGACAGCAAACCAGGACUCAAUGGACAACAUAACCAGAAUGGCCAAAGAACUGAACGACAGUUAAGCAGAAGAGAGUCUAUCGCUCAUGACCUCAACCAAAACUCCAACCCUAAGAGACUAGAAAGGACAAACACGCAAACUAAAAUAAAUGCAUUGAUCCCAAGCCAGCCCACUCACCAUCAUCGUUUUGUAAGCAGUGCACAGCCUCAGAUGACACAAAACAAAGCAGGAACGCAGGAAAUGCAGUAUCAUGUCUUGACGGCCAUGAGGCCACGUUUCCCCGAAGUACGAAGGACCACUAGCGGAAUAACAGACACUCCUUUGGCACAAGCAAAACUGAGACAGUCCGAUCCAACUACAGCUCCAGCAUCAACAAAGUUUAGGAGGAAACGUUCAAUGUCACUUGGAAAUCCAUCUGUGCUUGCACCUUUAAGACUGGCUGAGCCUGUCUUACAAGCUCAAGAGCUGAAGUAAUUUUAGAGGAACUUCAUCGCAGAAGUUGCUUCAUUGGCUUGUAAAUUCUUGUAUAAAAUAUGCCCAAUAUAUUCUAAAUGCGACCUGCAACCCCAAAACCAACAAUAAGUCACUUGGGAAGGUUCCCUGUAAAUACCCCAAAGUAAUUUCGUUUUCAAAAAGUAGAAAAAAAAGAAAAUUACAUACGUAUCUAAUCUGACAGAUUUAUUUUUCUUCUUCUUAUUGUCAAAAUAAGAGAUGAGAUAUAAGAAUUUCUCUGAGACACCAUUUUUUCCUGACCUAUUGGAUAUCUCAUGCUCGAACCAACCCCAAGUUUCAACCCCUGUAUUCUUCUUAUUCUUUGAAGCUUUAUUAACUGUAUUUCUUCUACAAUCAAUCAAGUCUUUUUGUAGCUUUUUUUAUCAAUUUUUACAAGCUAUACAUUAUUUUUACAAGCUCAAGAAAUAUCUCAAAUUUUAUCUUGAGUAACUUAUUGUUUGUUUAGGGAUGGCAGGUCACGUUUAAUGUCAUAUAUAUUUGCUAUAAUAUACACAACGCAUGCAGUAUAUUUUUUAUUAUAUUCUAAAAUUCAUAAUUGGCAUGUUACUGUUGAGUGGUUUGAGUACGGUACCCAGUACAUGCAACAAAAUAUUAUUUCAUUUUAUAUAUUACUGCCAUGCUGCUAGAAAUGUAAGUGCAAUUUCAGAUACAAUUAUGCUUUAAGGGUGCUCCAGGUUGAAAAUAUAUAAAAUAAACAGAAUAAAAUGGAACAAACCAACUGCUGAAAAUUUCAUUGAGUUCUGAUAAAAAUGAAAGAAGUUAUUGAAAUCUAAAUGUUUGGCAGAAUGUUACCACCUUCCCUUUCCUUAUUUUACCAGUACCAUGAAAUCAUAAUUAUUUUAUAUUUUCAUAAACAAG